CUACUACAUCAUCUUCAUCAAAAGGAUGAGAACCAUAUAAGGAUAAGGAACAUGUGCGAGUUAAUUUGAACUGCGUGUUAAUUAAAAAAAAAUAACGUAUAAUAAACAUCCAGUAUUGUUUGUUUACCGUUUCGCCAUAAACCUACAUAACUGAAUAAUUACUCGGAAAUUGACAACGAAGCCUGAAUACUGAAUUAACACUGGAUAUAGUUCGAAAUUUUUAUAGCUUUUUUCUAGCUAUAACAGCGUUGGUGUUAUUUUCUGGAAUUUCAUGAUCACAGAAACGCUGAAAACGAUGACACGGUUUGAUAACAGCAUUUGAUAACAAUAUUUGUUGAACAUGGCUAAAGAUAGGUUAAACGAACUGAAGGCUCAAGUAAAGAAAAACGGUAACGAUCAAGUUGCCAUCGACGUUAACAAUGAUAACCAAGUGAAAAAUUUGAAACAAACUUUCGAACGAGCCGAAGUAUUGGGACAAUGGAUCGAAAGUAUAGAAAAUAACGUUAUAGAAAUUCGGCGCAACCUCCAAAAAUUGGAUAACGUGAAUGUUAAUCAAAGAGACCUAUCGGAUAAAAUAGAAUCGUUGUUCCAAAACAACACCAGCAUUUGCCACAAUAUAAACUCCAAACUCAAAGAAAUCGAGGCAGAAUUGAAAUCUUCCAACGACGAAUCGGUAGAAGGUAGAAUCAAGACCAUACAGUAUAAUAGCAUUAAAACUAGCUACACGGUGGCCUUUAACAAAAACAAUACAGAAUUAGAAAAUUUUAGGUUUAUUCAAAGGUCCAACUUACAGGCUCAAUUGAGGGCGAAAGGAGUUAGAGCGACCGACGAGGAACUCACGCAUCUCUUAGACAAUAGAGCGGAUAUUCAAGUAUUUACAGAUAAUAUUCUAGCAGAGACUAAUGAGGCCAAGCGAGUGCUGGCCGAUAUACAGGAAAGACAUGAGCAGCUGAUAAAAAUCGAAAGGAUGCUGGUGGAAGUGAGAGAUAUGUUCCUGCAAAUGGCGAUUUUGGUGGACGGGCAGCAAGAUAUAAUCGACAGGGUGGAAUACCAGGCGGGUUUAGCUAGGGAUUAUAUCGGUAAAGCGCCGGGCAUUUUGAGCUCCGCCGCGAAAAAGAAGAGAAAAUAUAUUAAGUGUAAAAUUAUUACCGGCACAGUGAUAAUAGUGGUUGUCGUGAUUAUUAUAAUACUUGCGUUUACUUAAUAUAUUCUGUUAUAAUAUUAUUAUUACUUUAAUAAGGAAACUUUUAUUUGAUGUCAGUGGUCUUUAUUCAUUUAAAGAGUCUCUUUAACUUGGCAGUUGUACAUUGUUAUUAUGGAGUAACCCUAGACCAAAG